AUGCCCAACUCUGGAUGCAUCGUUUCUGAAAAGACAUCAUUGACCUUGACUUUAAAUGACCGGUUUGAUAAAAAACUUAGAAUGAAUUUAGGAAAACGUCCUCUUAAUCCGGAUUCAUAUUUUGUGCGAGACUCUUUUCUAUCCCAACUUAUAAGAAAACCGACUAGAUUUUGGAAUAAAUCUGCUAAAAAUAUUUUAGACUUGGUGUUUGUUGAAGAUACAAAUUUAAUUCACAACAUAGAUUUCAAGAACCCUGUUGGUAAGAGCGACCAUGUUUUAAUAAAUUUUUUGAUUUAUAUUAAAGCUUUUGUUAAACCGGGUAAUAAUAGGGGUAAUCUUGACAGUUUGGUCAAUAUAGAUGAUGAAGGCCCUGAUGGCUUAUUUUCACAUGUACUUGUAGAAUGUGCCGGUUCAGUGUGUGAAUAUCUAAAUUUUUUAUUUAAAAUUGCUUUAAAUUCUGGGUUUUUACUAAUUGUUUCUUGUCCAUUGAAUUACUGCAAAUUGGAAUGCAAAACUGGAUACAGAACUGACGCCAAUGGAUGCAAAGCUUGCUGGUGUGCCGAUCCAUGUGCUGAGUUGAACUGUCCUAACGGUUGUUCUGUGGCAUGGACGUCUGGUCAGGAGCUCAAAUACAGAUGUGAAUGA